AUGGAGGGAGGAGACGACGACGGUAUCGAGAAUUCUUCAGCCCUGCCCAUGGUCUCUAUCUCUAAAGAGAGCCUGUCGUACCAGGGAGAAGCGCUCUGCACCUCGCUCCUCACAGCCAUCAAGACUGACGUCCUCUCAGCCAAGGAGGCGUGCUACGAGGCCAUCGGAGAAAACUUCACGUCCAGGUCCACAACUGGCAUCCUGCUGGAGGGGACUAAGGUAAAGCACCUCCUAGUCGGCGGUCCAGCAGCUGUGAGCAGGAACGUGACGGUCGGAGAGAACAUCUACAAGGUCAAUGGCAUGGCGGUCGACGAGCACACAAUCAGCAGUGCCAUGCUCGACCAAGACGUCCCGGGCACCUUCGUCUCCCUCUCGAUGCAGGACAGCAGCUCGAGGCUCGAGGGCGUUCCCAAGGAAGUCCUGCUGCUGCGAGCGCCGACGGAGAAGCUGGCAAACCAGAACAAGAUGCUGGAGUAUCUGAUCUCGCUCAAGACCGUCUGCCAGCACGAGGAGGCACCAAGGGCGCUGGUGCACGAUUGUAUCAACCUCUGGAACAAGAUGAUGGUGACAGAGGAAACAUACGCGCGGACGAUCCUCCACAACGUGGAGGGCACGUGGAAGAAGAGCGGGGACUUGGUGGAGCACAUGCGAGCUCUGCUGAGAGCCUUCGCCAAACUGCCCGGGGAGGGUGCGGCCGACGCGGUAGGGCAGACAGAGCUCAUCCUGCGCCAGCGGAUCGCCUACCAGACCUCCGCCCUCGACAAGGCGGUGGAGGAGCGCGACGCCCUGCAGUCCUCCCUCCAGCGCGAGCGCGAGCUCAAGUCCGAGCUAGAGGCUGCCCUGCACAAGACGCAGGAGGAGCUGAAGGCGAGCAGGAAGUCAGCUGAAGUCGCCAGGAGCGGCAGUGCCCAGCAGGGUGGUGGGGGCGUCCCUGCCAGCCUUCAGCUGGGGAGGGAGAGGCUCGACCCGCAAACAGAGACCGCGGUCUUCUACGAGCUGAUGAUCGAGCGCCAGCUCACUGCCCGGCUGCAGACCGAGCUGGAGGCGACGACGGCGGCGCUGAGGCUGAGCGAGGGGGAGCAGAGGAGGCUGCAGCGGCAGGAGGGGAUCCUGAAGGAGCAGGUGGAAGCGCUGAGAGACUCGCUGCAGAAGGAGGUCAACGAGAUUCAGCUGCUGCUCGACGAGAUCUACCACCAGCGAUCCGAGCACGAGAGCUUCCGCAACGAGGCAGCGGUCGCUCAGGUCUGGGCCAAGGAGGCCGUGCAGGCUGGGAACGCCAGGGCGGCGGCCCUUGAAGCAGAGCUCUCGAAGCAAUCGAGCUUCAGCAUGACCCUGGAGUACAACAAGGAGGUGGCGGAGGAGAAGGUGCGGAUGCUUGCGCUGGAGGUGGAGAGGAAGGAGCAGGAGAAGGAGGAGAUGGCUCUGCUCUGCCGGCAGCUGGAGGAGGACAGGAGGGUGUCCGAGGCAGACGCUGCGGCCGUGAGGGCGCAGAUGUUGGUGAUGGGCAACGAGCUUCGGGCGAUGGAGGAGGAGGUUGCCAAGGCAGCCGCUGCUCUGAUCGUUGAGAGGGAGAGGUCCAGGGAGGUGGAGCUGCAGCGGGACCGCGCGCUCUUGCAGUUCCAGCAGACGGCGAGGAUGCGCGAGGAACGCUCCCCCUCCCCCCAGGCGAGGUACGAGGAGGCGCUGGGCAGACUCAGGAGGACGAGAGCUCUAGAGCAGGAGACAAGGGAAUUCUAUCAGUACCAGAUGGCGUUGGAGUCUUCCGGCCUGCUCAGGUUCAGGAGCCCCGUCCCCGUCGUCCCCGCUGCCUCCUCCUCCUCCCCCCGCCUGGAGGCGUUAUCGCCGCUCCAGCGGUCGAUCGAUCGAGCCGCCCGCUCGCUCUCGCCUCCUCGCCGAUCGACUCGCUUCCCCUCCCCGUCGCCGAUGAAGAGCAACGGGACCACGUACGUUGUCGCAGCAGAGCUCGCUUCCUCCUCCUCCCUCACGCAGACCGCCGGGGUCGGCCUCCUCCUGUCACACACUAUCGACAACAAGUUUGUGGUUGACUCCGUGAUCCCUGACGGGGCCGCAGCGAGAGAAGGACAGAUAGAGGUGCGGGACGAGAUCGAGCGAGUCGACGGGAUCAGCCCGAAGAACUUGAGCGAACUGCAGAGCCUCGUCCAGGUAAAGAUAGGAGGGAAAGAGACAGAAGGGGAGGGAGAGAACAUUUCUCCUCGUGCUCCUGCUCCUGCCCCUGCUCCUGCCCCUGCUCCUGCCCCUGCUAUUGCCCUUGCUCCUGCUCCUGCUCCCCUCUGA